GCCGAGCAAAGCGGAAACGCAUCCGAGGAAACGCAGCUGGGCACGAGUUGGCACCCGCCUGUACCCGCGCGGGCAAAGGGGCAGCAGGGGCAGCCGAGCCUAGCUAGGGUUAACUCGCUCUCCGCUCCCGAUUGCCACCACUGUGUCUCCCUCCCUCUCCAGAUCUCGCCCAACCUCACAUCGUCGCAGCCACCGCCGCCGCCGCCGUUCCGGAGGGAUAAUGAGUCGUCAGCAGCAACAUGCACCUCUUAGGACUCCAGCCAAUGGAUCCCCCCACCGAAAGCUCGAUAGGGAGGGUAGUGGAAGGCAUGAUAGUAAAUCAAACCUGAUGAGAUCUUCAUCUGGUGGUUUUACCAAUGCAGAAAAUGGAGGCAGACUAGGGCACUCAAGCCCUUCUCGGGAUCGACUAGUCUAUGUUAUGACACAAGUUAUUGGGCAUCAUGUCGAUGUGCAUGUAAAAAAUGGAUCUGUCAUCUCUGGAAUCUUCCAUGCAACAAACACGGACAAAGACUUUGGAAUUGUCUUGAAAAUGGCACAGCCAAUAAAGGAUAGUUCUGUGGGAGGACAAGGUAAUGCUACUGAUGUUGUUAGAAAGCCUGAGACCAUGAUAAUACCAGCACGGGAGCUUGUUCAAGUUUUCGCCAAGGAUGUAACACUUGGCGGUGAUGAGCUGCCAAAAGGUCCUGUCCAUGACAAAAGGAAAGACUUAAUGAUAGAUUCUGCAAUCUCUCGUUCUCAUUAUCCUGAAGAGAGAGAGCUUGAGCGCUGGGCACCAGAUGAGGGAGAUUCUGAUUGCAUCGAAUUGGAAAAAUUUGACCGAAAGGGGCAUAGGAGCUGGGACCAGUUUGAAACAAAUGCUGCUUUGUUUGGGGUAAAGAGUACUUUCAAUGAAGAUCUUUAUACCACAAAGCUCGAGCGAGGUCCUCAUAUGAGAGAACUUGAAAAACAUGCUUCAAGAAUAGCCCGAGAAAUAGAGGGUGAAGACACAGAAGAUAUCCAUCUUGCUGAGGAAAGAGGUUUAUACUUGGAUGAAGACUUAGAGCAUGAUGAAGAGAUAAGAUAUUCGGCAGUUCGCAGGGAUACUGAUACCUUCAAAAUCAAGUCACUUGUGAAUGCCCCAAGCAGUGUACAUCCUUUUGAUUCGCUUGCCAGGACAGGCAGCAUUGGUGCCAAAGAUUUACCGGUGUGUUCAUCAACAAUGGAUGAAGAAUCAUCUUCCCAUGUAUUUGGUGGUACACAUUUUUCUGUCACGGCUGCAACUAGCGAGCUAGCAUCUGAAUACCAGCCAAACAAGCUCUUGUCUGCUGAUGCCAACAGGUUGGAGGAUAAGUGGAGUAAAGAUAGUAGCGGUGACAAAGGCAACAGGAAUCCACAACCCAAGAAUACUUUCUCUGAAGGGGGCAAACCGCUGAUUUCUGAAGAUUUGGAUGCGGAACCUUCAAGGUCACAUGCAUCUGAGCCUUCAUCUUCUGGCCAAGGAAACAAAUCAUCAGAUGGUUUGACAGCAGAUAAUACUGUACCCAGCAAGCUUCCUUCUGCACCCAGGCCUGGUAGUUCCACAUCUUCGACAACUGAGCGUGUUGCUGCAAACUCCGUUGCAAGUGCUCCAGGCCUGUCACCAAGCUCUUCGAUGGGAUCUCUUAGCUCAGACAAAUCAAGUUUGAACCCAAAUGCUAAGGAAUUCAAAUUGAACCCUAAUGCCAAGAGUUUCACUCCCUUGACUUCUCUGAGGCCACCUCAUCCUCCAGCGACUGAUGCAGCAUAUUAUUAUCCUAACAACAUGCCGACUACUCCUGGACCUGGUUUACCAGUUGGCAUGGGGUUCCCGCAGGCAUACGGUGGCCAGCCAAUGGUUUACAAUGCUCAACCUGGAUCUUCUCCCCAAGGUUACAUGCAUCCUUCUGGUCCACAGUAUGGCCAGCAGAUGAUGAUUGGGCAGACCCGUCCUCUUUAUUAUUAUGCGCCUGAGAUGCAACAAUACAGAGGAAGGAACUUUUAGGUAGAUGAUUUUGUUAUGCUGCAAUGUGGAAGUCUGCAGCAAUCAAUCCCCAAUGGUGGGAUGCUAACCAGGCCAAUGCGCUGUUGCUGGCGAUGGUCGUUGACAACUCUGUGCUGCCAGGAUGAGAUCAUUGUUGCUCCGCCAACAGUGUUCCAGUCUGAGGCGGGUUAACUUGAAUUUAAUGUUAUCGCUUAUACCAUAGACGUGAUGUUGUAAAUUAAUUAAAAAUACCAGGUCAUUUGCUUGCGCCUGGGUUGAUAUUCAUAUAUGUGUGCGUCUGUUCGUUCUGUAAUAUUUGUGUCCUCUACAUCUUUCUGAUAUAAGAUUUUUGUGGGACUAAAAGAACUGAAAUAGCUUUAGAACCGUAGGUUUCCCUUUUGAGGCUGAUGUUACAGAGGUUUGUCGCAGUCAAGCGUACCGAUGAGCAUUUGCUAGUCUUCUGAGUCUCACAAUCCAGAGCUGCAAAAGUGGUUUUUCCCAGUGUACGAGUCUGUCAAAAUAUUAUCAUGCGCCGUCCAUUAUAUACAUUGUUAGUAACAGUGGGUAGUAACAUUUUGUUGGCCCGUUAGAAA